AUGGAGAGCGGCCCCCGGGCGGAGCCCGGCGCCGGCGCGGCUCCAGCUAUGGCAGCCAGGACGCCCCCAGAGCCAAGACCUUCUCCGGAAGGUGACCCCUCUCCGCCGCCGCCACCGCCACCGACGUCAGCCCUGGUGCCCGACACUCCCCCGGACACCCCUCCCGCCAUGAAGAAUGCCACUAGCUCUAAGCAGCUCCCACUGGAACCAGAGAGCCCCUCAGGGCCGGUCGGGCCUAGACCAGCCCCCCAGAAGGAAGAGUCCCCUUUCUCAGAGGCGAAGACCAGGGGACCCACCCCACCAGCCACAGGCCCACGGGAUUCCAGGCCUCCUCGAAGGAGCAGCCAGCCGUCCCCGACGGCAGGGCCAGCCUCCGACAGCCCCUCUGCCAAGCAAGAUGCGAAGAAGGCAGGAGAGAGACACAAACUGGCAAAGGAGCGGCGAGAAGAGAGGGCCAAGUACCUGGCGGCCAAGAAGGCAGUGUGGCUGGAGAAGGAGGAGAAGGCCAAGGCCCUGCGGGAGAAGCAGCUGCAGGAGCGCCGGCGGCGGCUGGAGGAGCAGCGGCUCAAAGCCGAGCAGCGCCGGGCAGCCCUGGAGGAGCGGCAGCGGCAGAAGCUGGAGAAAAACAAGGAGCGCUAUGAAGCAGCCAUCCAGCGGUCCGUGAAGAAAACGUGGGCUGAAAUCCGGCAGCAGCGCUGGUCCUGGGCAGGGGCCCUGCACCACGGCUCCCCAGGACGUAAGACCAGUGGGAGCAGGUGCUCUGUGUCGGCAGUAAACCUGCCCAAACACGUGGACUCUAUUAUCAACAAGCGGCUCUCAAAGUCCUCUGCCACGCUCUGGAACUCCCCCAGUAGAAAUCGAAGCCUGCAGCUGAGCCCCUGGGAGAGCAGCAUCGUGGACCGUCUCAUGACGCCCACCCUCUCCUUCCUGGCACGGAGCCGCAGUGCAGUCACACUGCCCCGCAAUGGCCGGGACCAGGGUAGGGGCAGCGGCCCUGGGAGAGCCCCCGAGAGGGGCCGGGCAGUGGCCAGCCUCACGUGUGGGCCACAUCCCAACCGCACUCAUCCUUCUGCAGCCGUGCCGGUGUGCCCGCGCUCGGCCUCUGCCAGUCCCCUGAUGCCACCGUGCAGCACCCCCCGCAGCAGCGUGCACCGCUGCACCCCCUCCUCCGGGGAGCGCGGGGAGCGCCGCAAGCCCAGCUCGAUGGGCAGCCCCGCCCCCGCCCGCCGCAGGCCCCAGUCCUCCCCGGUGCAGAAAAAGGAGAAGAAGGACAAGGAGCGGGAAAAUGAGAAGGAGAAGAGUGCCCUGGCCCGGGAGCGCAGCAAGAAGCGUCAGUCACUGCCUGCCUCCCCACGCCCUCGCCUCCCUGCUGGCCCGGCCUCUGAGCUCAGUCCCAAAUCCAAGGCCCGGCCAUCCUCUCCCUCCACAUCCUGGCACAGGCCUGCCUCUCCCUGCCCCAGCCCAGGGCCCAACCACGCUCUACCCCCCAAACCACCAUCCCCUCGAGGCACCACUGCAUCACCCAAGGGGCGGGUUCGGAGGAAGGAUGAGGCAAAGGAGAGCCCCAGCGCGGCAGGACCCGAGGACAAGAACCAGAACAAGGGCAAGACCAGUGAAGAGAAGGAGCCUGCAGCCCCGGCCUCACCGGCACCCUCACCUGUGCCCUCACCCACCCCAGCCCCGCCCCAGAAGGAACAGCCCACAGCCGAGAUCCCUGCAGAUACUGCUGUCCUGACCUCACCCCCAGCCCCGGCCCCCCCAGCCCCUGCUCCCCCAGUGACUCCCAGCAAACCCAUGGCCGGCACCACAGACCGCGAAGAGGCUACUCGGCUCCUGGCCGAGAAGCGGCGCCAGGCCCGGGAGCAGCGGGAGCGCGAGGAGCAGGAGCGGCGGCUGCAGGCAGAAAGGGACAAGCGAAUGCGAGAGGAGCAGCUGGCUCGGGAGGCCGAGGCCCGGGCUGAGAGGGAGGCCGAGGCCCGGCGGCGGGAAGAGCAGGAGGCCCGGGAGAAGGCGCAGGCGGAGCUGGAGGAGCAGGAGCGGCUGCAGAAGCAGAAAGAGGAGGCCGAAGCCCGGUCCCGGGAGGAGGCAGAACGGCAGCGUCUGGAGCGGGAAAAGCACUUCCAGCGCGAGGAGCAGGAGCGGCAGGAGCGCAAAAAGCGUCUGGAGGAGAUCAUGAAGAGGACUCGGAAGUCAGAAGCUGCUGAAGCCAAGCAAAAGCUGGAAAGAAAGGAGGCAAACACCAACAGUGGUAGCCCAGACACUGUCAGAGCCGAAGACUCCCGGCCCUCAGAGCUGCAGAAGGACGCUGUGCAGAAAGAGGAGCUGGCCCCCCAGGAGCCUCAGUGGAGCCUGCCUAACAAGGAGUCCCUGGUGAACGGCCUGCAGCCUCCCCCGGCACCCCAGGAGAAUGGCUUCUCCUCCCCCAAGGGACCCUCUGGCGAAAAGAGCCUGGGCCGAACGGCAGAGGCACUCCUGCCUUUCGCAGAGGCAGAAGCCUUCCUCAAGAAAGCUGUGGUGCAGCCCCCACAGGUCACAGAAGUCCUUUAA